AGCCAACAUGGAGCCCUCGGUGGGUCGAGGGUGAAACGGUCGUGGUCGCGUGCUCCUACGCUGCCGCCCAGUCAUGUUGGCGCACUUAUUUCGGGUCGGGACUCGGUGCAGCCCUGUGCUAGGCAGGCCGCUCCUGCUCCGGAUCCACACGUCCGCGGCCGUCAGGCGGUCAGAUGGACACCACGGCUCCUACCUCCUCAGCUCCCUGGCUCAGCUGCCGUCCCAGCUAUGGCGGCACCUCCUCCGAGCUCCCCAAGCACCCCGACCUCCCAGCCGAAGCCCCCUCUCUGCCUGGCACUGGAUUGGGGGAGUACUUCUGAGCCCUGUGGUGCUAAGGAAGUGCCCCCGCCUUUGCCUUGUGGCUCAUUGUGAGGCAGAAGAGGCCCCUCCUCCCCACGGCAGGCCCCGAGUGGAGGAGUCCUGCUUUAACUGGAAGCUCUUCUGGCAGUUCCUGCGGCCCCACUUGCUUCUCCUGGGGGCAGCCAUUGUGCUGGCAUUGGGAGCAGCCCUGGUGAACGUGCAGAUCCCCCUGCUCCUGGGCCAGUUGGUUGAAAUUGUGGCCAAGUACACCAGGGAGCGUGUCGGGAGUUUCAUUACGGAGUCCCGGAACCUCAGCGUCCGCCUGCUGCUUCUCUAUGGCGUUCAGGGGCUGCUGACCUUCGGGUACCUGGUGCUGCUGUCCCAAAUUGGUGAGCGGAUGGCCGUGGACAUGCGGAGGACCCUCUUCAGCACCCUGCUCCAACAAGACAUUGCUUUCUUCGAUGCUAAAAAGACAGGGCAGCUGAUGAGCCGGUUGACAACUGAUGUGCAGGAAUUUAAAUCAUCCUUCAAACUUGUCAUCUCCCAGGGACUUCGGAGCUGCACUCAGAUGGCCGGGUGCCUGGUGUCCCUGUCCAUGCUGUCCACACGCCUCACACUGAUACUAAUGGUGGCUACCCCCACCCUGAUGGGAGUCGGCACCCUGAUGGGCUCUGCUCUCCGUAAAUUGUCUCGCCAGUCUCAGGAGCAGAUCGCCAAGGCAGCGGGUGUAGCAGAUGAGGCGCUGGGUAAUGUCCGCACUGUGAGAGCCUUCGCCAUGGAGCACCGGGAAGAGGAGCGCUAUGAAGCAGAGCUGGAGGGGUCCCGCUGGAAGGCAGAGGAGCUGGGCAGAGGCAUCGCCUUAUUCCAAGGCCUUUCUAACAUUGCUUUCAACUGCAUGGUCUUGGGCACCUUGUUUAUAGGGGGCUCCCUCGUGGCUGGACAGCAGCUGACAGGGGGGGACCUUAUGUCCUUCCUGGUGGCCUCCCAGACAGUGCAGAGGUCCAUGGCCAACCUCUCUGUUCUGUUUGGCCAGGUGGUACGGGGACUCAGCGCAGGGGCUCGGGCCUUUGAGUACAUGACUCUGAGUCCCAGCAUCCCGUUGUCGGGGGGCUUCUGCAUCCCCAAAGAGGACCUCCUUGGAGCCGUCACAUUUCAGAACGUCCGCUUCAGUUACCCCUGCCGCCCUGGCUUUGAAGUGCUCAAAGACUUCACGCUGACACUGCCCCCUGGCACAGUUGUGGCCCUGGUGGGCCAGUCUGGCGGAGGAAAGACCACCGUGGCCUCCCUGCUGGAGCGCUUCUACGACCCCACUGCCGGGGCGGUGCUGCUAGACGGGCGUGACCUCCGCACCCUUGACCCCUCCUGCCUCCGGGGCCAGGUCAUCGGCUUCAUCAGCCAAGAGCCAGUGCUGUUCGGAACCACCAUCAUGGAGAAUAUCCGCUUCGGGAAGCUGGACGCCUCGGAUGCAGAAGUGUAUGCAGCUGCCCGGGAGGCCAAUGCCCACAACUUCAUCACCAGCUUCCCCGAGGGCUAUGACACCAUUGUGGGUGAGCGGGGCGCCACUCUGUCUGGUGGCCAGAAGCAGCGCCUGGCCAUUGCCCGAGCCCUCAUCAAACAACCCAGAGUGCUGAUCAUGGAUGAGGCCACCAGUGCCCUGGACACGGAAUCCGAGCAGGUCGUGCAGGAAGCCCUGGACCGGGCCAGCACGGGGCGUACAGUGCUGGUCAUCGCCCACCGGCUCAGCACUGUGCGCAGGGCCCACCACAUCGUCGUCAUGGCUGACGGCCGGGUCUGGGAGUCCGGGACCCACGAAGAGCUGCUAAAGAAACAAGGACUCUAUGCUGAGCUGAUCCGAAGGCAGGCCCUGGACUCUCCUCUGACGUCUACACCACCCCUGAGGGUGCGCAAAGGUCACAGGAACCUGUAGGCUUAAGGACAGUUGGCAGCCAGCGGCAGUCUUGACGACAGAGCAGCAGAAAUGGCAGCUGAGGCCAACAGAGGGACUGAGUCCCAGCGCAGUGCACUCCACUGCUACCAAUAAACACCUGACGGGGAGCUGGGCUGGGCAGCGAUUGGGACACUCCCAUCGCACCCACUCCCCUCCUGCUGGCAGGCUUCUUCCUCCCA